AUGUAUGGAGACACGGGCAUGAAGCUUGUGCAACACGCCAAGCGAACACAGAGUCUAGCCCAUCUGCCACCCUACCAGACCGAGCUCGUUCGUGCAGUCACUCGCGAAGUUCGCGAUCUGGACAAGGAUGUCUCCGAGCUCCUGGAACCGUUCCAAGGCUCCUUCGACCCUUCCGCCGAUCAAGCCGUCGCGACGACGCUCCUCGUGAACCACCUCUCCAUGCGGCGCAACAAGCGCUGUCUCUUGGCCUACCACCGCACCCGAACGGAGAAACUGGAGGAACUGGUAUGGAAUGGCGCGGACGUCGUCGACCUAUCCGGGCAGCAAGUGCGAGCCGACGGCGCGACAACGACGAGUAGCCUGAGCCCACAGGAGGAGGAGUACGUGAGACAGUAUAGCGAUCUUCUGGCAGCGUACAAGGGGCAGUGGACAGAUAUCGACCUCACGGGUAGUCUCGAGCCGCCUCGGGAUCUGUUCAUUGACGUGAGAGUGCUCAAGGAUGCGGGCGAGAUUCAGACGGAGUAUGGGGCGAUCACCUUAACGAAAAACAGCCAAUUCUACGUUAGACAGGGAGACGUGGAGCGGCUCAUAGCCCAAGGCUACCUGCAAAAGCUAAGCGGAUGA